CGGCCGCCGCGCUCCCAGAGCACUGCGUCCCCGAUGGCCGGCGACCAUGGCGGAGGGACGAAGGGAGGGUCCCCGACAGCAGGCGACUCAUGGCGGGGGCCGGGGGUCCCCUGCGCCUCGCGACUGGCUGGUGGGCGCAGAUCGAGAGCGGGCGCUACGCCGGGCUGCGCUGGGAGGACGCGGGCAAGACCCUCUUCCGCAUCCCCUGGAAGCACGCAGCCAAGCAGGGCUACCAGGCGCAGCAGGACGCGGCGCUCUUCAGGGCCUGGGCCAUAUACAAGGGCAAGCACCUAGAGGGCGUUGACAAGGAGGACCCCUCCACCUGGAAGACACGGCUCCGCUGUGCCCUCAACAAGAGCACUGACUUCUGUGAGGUGCGCUCGCGCAGCCAGCUGGACAUCUCCAACCCCUACAAGGUCUACCGGCUCCUGUCUGACGGUGCCCACAGCCCAGUUACCAGGGCUUGUGCUCCCUGUAAAGAGGAGGGCAUUCUUCAUAGCCAGCAGCUGCCCCCUGGAGAAGUGACAGAGCUGGCCUGCAAGACAGAAGAGCAGGUUGGCUCCAGAUUAGUCACAGAGGAUAAGGACAAGGAGCAGCCCCCCAGGCUGGCCCAGCAGGACUCCCUGCCACCAGCUGCCCUGCCCCCAGGCCCUUUGGCUGACCACAGGUACCAGGCUCAGGAUCCUGCUCACCCCUGGGGCCCCUCGCCUUCUGAGGACUUCAGCAACCCCGAUUUUUGGCUGCACGUGCGACUCUUCUAUGGCGCGGAGCUGGUGCGCGAAGCCACAGCGCGCGCGGCCGAGGGCUGCAGCUUGAGUCCGCGCGCGGCCGCCGCUGCCGCCGAGCUCCUGCUAGGGCCGCCGCCGCGCGUCGCGCAGGUUCGUUUCCCGGAGCCGCCGCCCGGCGCCCGCGUGCUGCGGCGCCUGCUGCCCCACCUGGAGCGCGGAGUGCUGCUCUGGGUGGCGCCCGAGGGCGUCUUCGCCAAGCGCCUGUGCCAGGGCCGUGUGUACUGGCGCGGCCCGCUCGCCCCGCACCGCGCGCGGCCCAACAAACUGGAGCGAGAGCGCACCUGCCAGCUCCUCGACACGCGCCGCUUCCUCGCGGAACUGAGAGCCCACCUGCAGGAUGGUCGCCAGGAGCCCGAGUACCAGAUCCGGCUGUGCUUUGGCGAGGAGUACCCGGGGCCCCCGGACCAGCCCGAGGAGCGUCUCAUUAUGGCCCAUGUGGAGCCAGUCUUCGCGCGGGAGCUCCUCCUACACUCGAAGCUUCACGGCCAGGUGCCUCGAUGGCGCGUUCCCAGCCCCGCAUCCCCGACAGCGUCACUCACCUGCUGACGCAGCUGAGUCAGCCCUGAGCGGCU